AGGACUUGUUUUGCAUUUCCGGUAUGCACGCGCCACCUAUCGACAGGAAACAACCGCACGGUUUUGAGGAAGAAUCAAUACCAGUAGAAUAGAAUUGCUAUUAAAAUAGCGAGCGACUAAACAGCUAAUGAUUUGCUUUGAUAAAAAGCUGUUUAAAGAAUCUCGCGUUUAAUAACAGAUGCAUCAGUCUACAGUUACGCUGUACGUAACUUCCGGGUUUCACUCGCCAUCACUCGCCAUCAUCCCUCUUUCUGCUGUUAGGACGGCUGUUUUGGGAUUUCGCCCUUGUUUUUGGUCGUUUGAGGCAGCUAAUCGUGUUCUGGCACGUCUCGAGUGCAAAUGCGGCUCAGGAAAUGGAGGUAAAGCGAUUUAUAAAGAAAAAUGAAGAGACUUGUUGCCGCGCAUGCGCAGAACGAAAUCAGAUGUGAUCACAGAGAGCUGUGGUAGGCAACAGAGAGCUGUGCACGCAAAACAGUAACGUGAUCUCUCUGAGAAGCAACUUUACCGGCGCAUAUUUAUCUUCUGCACAGGACAUAACACGGUUUUUACAGACUCCAUGGAGACAAGGCGUGGAAGAGAUUCCCAAAGGAAAGUGAAGGACCUGUGGUGUCAAAUGGAAAGGAUUCAGCAAGAGAGAUAGGAAAGAACAUGGGCAUGUUUAGUCAUGGAUGAUGCAUGCAUUGCAGAAGCUCUCUCCUCAGAAGCAGUGUUCAGGACUGAUACUGUGUCAUGUUCGCAUGAUCUAGAAUGAAGAAAGUCUUCAGAAACCUGGUGGAUUGGUGGUGGUCUACCUAAAGCUGUCAAUUUUAACCACAAAAACUUUUUCCUCCUUAUGACUUUAGAACAGUGGAUUUGAUCAAGAACUUGGCAAGAACCCAAACACUCCAUGUGAAAUUCCUCCUUCCUGAAAGCAUGAUUAAUCUCCUGGAAUUGCCCUAGAUGUGAGUAGAAAUUACAAGCACUUUUUUUUUUCUGUUAAGGAGGAGCGUUUUUCAAAGGGAAAGGAAAAAAAAUCCCACAUCUGUCUUUUAGAUCAUGGCCGUAUGCAUAGUGAAGUCUGCGCUUCUGCUGUGUCUUGUGAAUUUGGGAUUUUCCUUCUCUGGGAUAUUUGACCCCUCAGGCAAAUAUGGCACAGUCAGCGAUCAUGACGAGCGAGCUGAUUUCCAUACAGGCACCAACGCCACCACAGAACGAGGAUUUCACAUGCCAUCAAACGUCCACCCCAACCUUUAUUUCGACCUGACAGAAGUGCGCCGGCUGAAAAAGAAAGCUGCCAGCACGCACGGACACAUAUUUAAAGUUAUACGAAAUGCAGUGAUGGCCAUGCUCGACAGCCCGACGCUCUACCUGCCACCCAUGAACCAUGAGGAAUUUGCAAAGAAAUGGAACGAGAUUUACGGAAACAACCUUCCACCACUUGCGCUGUACUGUCUACUCCAGCCCGAAGACAGCGCCGCAUUCCAGUUUUUAAUUAAAUACAUGGAUCGUAUGGCAGAAUAUCCCGACUGGAUUGUGACUAGCGCUCCAAAUGAUGAGGUUCCAAUAUCCCAUUCCCUCACUGGCUUCGCUACAGCUUAUGACUUCAUUUAUACCUAUCUGGACACCCAGCGAAAGGUUCAGUACCUUAAGAAGAUACGUGCCGUCACAGCGGAGCUUUAUGAACUGUCCAAACAUAGAGGUUGGGGCCGGCAGUUUCUACAGAACCACCAGACUACAAACAUACUAGCCAUCCUUACAGGAGCUAUCGUAACUGGUGUACACAAAGACCGUGAAACCAUGAUGUGGAAGCAGGUAGCCGUGAACUACAUGGAAAAGACCAUGUUCCUCUUGAAUCAUAUCGUAGAUGGUUCCCUAGAUGAAGGCGUAGCGUAUGGCAGCUACACAGCCAAAUCCAUCACUCAGUACGUUUUCUUAGCGUCACGUCAUUUUGAAAUAGACAACAAGAAUAACAACUGGCUGAGAGCUCACUUCAUGUUCUACUACGCCACCGUGCUCCCUGGUUUUCAAAGAACUGUGGGCAUCGCUGAUUCCAACUACAACUGGUUCUAUGGGCCAGAGAGUCAGCUGGUGUUCCUGGACUCAUUUGUGCUCAGGAAUGGCUCAGGAAACUGGCUGGCGCAGCAGAUCAGAAAGUGUCGGCCCAAGGAUGGGCCCAUGAUGCCGUCUGUGGCGCAGCGUUGGGCUACAUUACACACUGAGUUUAUCUGGUAUGACUCAGAGCUCACUCUUCAGCCACCGCCUGAUUUUGGGAAAGCAGACAUGCAUGUUUUUUCAAACUGGGGGGUGGUGACAUACGGCGCAGGGUUGCCUUCGGGGCAGGACAACACUUUUGUUUCUUUUAAAUCUGGGAAGUUAGGUGGGCGAGCAGUGUAUGACAUCGUUCAUGCUAAGCCUUAUACCUGGGUCGAUGGCUGGACUAACUUCAACCCGGGUCAUGAACACCCGGAUCAGAACUCGUUCACUUUUGCACCAAAUGGACAAGUGUUUGUCUCUGAAGCUUUGUAUGGUCCAAAAUACAGCUAUCUUAACAACGUCUUGGUAUUUGCACCAUCCCCCACUAGCCAGUGCAAUGCACCAUGGGAGGGGCAGCUAGGGGAAUGUUCCAAAUGGUUAAAAUGGGGAGAAAAGGAAGUGGGAGACAGUGCUGGUGAGGUCAUUGCAGCGUCUUCACACCAGGACACUAUGUUUGUUAGUGGUGAAGCCGUGUCAGCUUAUUCGUCCGCUAUGAAGCUGAAGAGUGUUUAUCGAGCCCUUGUGCUGCUCAACUCCCAAACCUUAUUAGUGUUAGAUCACGUUGAAAAGCAUGAAAAGUCUCCCCUAAUGUCGUUUAGUGCCUUUUUCCACAAUCUUGACAUUGACCUGAGAUAUGUGCCCCACAGGUCUUUGAAUAAGUACAGUGGAGCUCUGAUGGAUGUAUGGGACGCCCAUUAUGAGAUGUUUUGGUUUGACAGUCAGGGAGUCAGUCCUGUUGGCAGGAUACAAGAAGUAGAACAGGUUGCAGAGUUCAAAAAAAGGUGGACGCAAUUCAUAAAUGUUACUUUUUCCAUGGACAGUGUAGUCAGCAGGGUGGCUUACCUAAUGCACGGCCCUUUUGUCAAAGUAUCAGACUGCAGGUUCGUUGACAACAGUAAAAAUGGAGUUAAACUGUCAGUUACCCUGAAUGACACAGAGACUACCGUGUCCAUAGCAACAAACUACAAAGAUAUUGGUGCCAGGCACAGCUACUUAGGCUUUGCAGGAUUUGCAAAAGCAGAGAAUAAACACAAGAUAAUUCAUUUUGGUCAGGGAGUUCAGGUUUUACCCAGCCAACUGAAAAAAGACUCCACAUUUAACCUCGGUUUCAUGAUCAAUGUCAUUGCAGUGUGGAUUCUGUGUUUUGCCAUCGCAGUUUUGACCAUAAAGAGAAAGUUUAAUGUUUCCUCCCGUAAACUUAUCCGCUGCACAAUUAUUUCAGUGCUGCUUUUCUGGGUGUUGGAACUCUUGGUAACAUCUCAUCGUUGUCAGGAGGUGCUGUGUGGCAUCAUGUGGAGGGACCUCCGUGUCUCUGAGGAAGCCGUCACUCGAUCCACCUUCCCUCUUGAUCACAACCCAGAGCCCCUUCCGUUCAUAAUCAUCACCUCUCUUCCCGGCUCUGGAGCUGAGAUCCUUCAACCCCUUUUCGACAACAGUUCUGACUUUGUGUAUCUCAGUAUUCCCUCCACAUACCUCCGUAUUCCAGAGACCAGUUUUUCUCCUGACUCUUUCACGGACGCUUGUGAGUGGUCCAGAGCGGAUGCCCAGAGCGGAAAGUUUCAAGCCAUUCAAGGAUGGUUCCAUUCAAUGGUGCAUAGCAUCAGACUGCACCUGCAGAACAUUCAGCUCUACAAGAGCAGUAUCGAGACGGGGAAUCAGGGCAGAGCUCAGGGAACGAAGAAGAGGCGGAAGCUCCUGAUGGAGACGAGCGAGACCAGAGACAGGAGGACUACAUCGAGGGAGGUGGAGUAUAUCAAGGAGUUGAGGCAGCACUUGUCGAACUUCCCGAACGCCUGCCCUGUGCUGAACCUUCGGAGCGGGAGCUGGUCCUUAAAACUCCCGUUUGUUCAAGAAGUCAUUGGACGCUCGUUGCGAUCUGUUCAAGUAGUGCGUGACCCAAGGGCAUGGAUCUAUAUGAUGCUCUACAACAGCAAGCCAAGCCUUUAUGCCAGCAGAAACAUUAGAAAACACUUGCUCAACAUUCUGAACCAGGGUGGCGAUAGGGCAGGACAGACCUGCACGCAGUUUGACGCAGCAUUUCAGCCAUUGCGAGAGAUCCUUGCUCAGCCAGCUGCUAACCCAGUGCUCUUGCUAGCUCAUCUCUGGCUUGCUCACACUUCCGCCAGCCUCAGAGCGAGCACGGACUUGCCCUCACACACCUACCUUCAGGUGAAAUUUGAGGAUAUUGUGAACUUUCCUGAGGAUACUGCAGAAAGGAUACACAGGUUUAUUGGUGUGCCAGUUGCUCCAGCUGCCAUAAACCAGCUCGCAUUUGCUACAUCCACAAAUCUGUAUCAUCUAGUCUAUGAAGGGGAUAUAUCACCUGCAAAAAUUAAUGUAUGGAGAGAAAAUAUGGCUCCUGAUCAGAUUAGACUUAUAGAACAUGUGUGUGGGACUGUCAUGGACACACUUGAGUACAAAAGAUAUGUGUUUGUAUGAAAUAAAUGGAAUUGCUAUUUGUAUAAAUGCAGAAUGGUUUCUAUAAAAUGGACGUUAAAAAAAAAACGUUAGUGUUUACGCUUUUGUGGAAUUGGGCAAUUAUUUUUAGUGACUAUUUUCCAUUCCAUAAUACAAAUAAGUGUAGCAAUGGAAAUAUUGACCCUGAAGUUUUGGCGCCACUGCUCAUCAAGAACAAAUUUAUUUACAGGUCAACUGAGGACAAAACAAGUUCUGUACCAAGAAAUUCUGUACUUGAGAGCAAAACCAUAAAAAAAAAAAAGGCAGAGCUGCUGCAUCACUCCAUUUAUGAGAAAUAUCUUAUUGAGUUUCCUUAGGAUAGGAAUUCACAUGAAAUUGUUUUAAGAUUAGAUUGCUUUUGUGGGACAAAGUGUUAAAAUGCAGAAGGAUAUUUUAGGAAAGAUAGAAAAAGCUGAGUUUAUAACAUAUCCAAACAAUGAUGACGCAAGUGCUUCAGCUUGCUAGACUUUUAAAUAUCUGUACUUUACUUAAGCUUUUCUUUCACCUAAUACUUGUGACCUUUACUCACUAUAUUUCAAAACAAAAAUCUCUGCUUGCUUCUCACUACACUACAUUGCUCUGUAAUCAUGUAUUUCUAAGUCAGAACAUGACUGUUUAGUAUCAGACAGCUUCAAGGAGUCGAUCUAAAUUCCUGGUGACAGCAAGAACGAGACCUCACACCCAUCACUGUCAUCACGGUCUAUCUGCUGCUGUGUACACUUUGUAUUUAUCAUGACAGUUUGUAUUGUGACAGCUAGUUAUUAGCAUUCAACUAGUUUGUAUCAUCAGAGGUAUUUUCAUGCUAGCUAACGUGAGAGAUUAGUAAUUAGCUAAUAUUAAUGUUAAUAUUAACCAUGUUCCUUGGUGAAAGCAUUAAUUUACCAUCAGUACCAUCAUUAAGUAAGGAAUAAAACACUCCAUGUCAUGUUGUUAUAAGACAAUAAUCAACUACAGGGUGGUGUGAUGAAACAGAGUUACUGAUUAUUUUCCUAUAACAGCACAUCCCAAAGUGUUUUAUUCCUCUUAUACUACAGUAAUUUGCUAAUUGCAGUUAUUAAUCAUUAAAUAAUGACACAUUAACAUUUUUUAUGUUGUAGAACGUCCAUGAAACAAGUCCACUUACAUUAUAGAAGCUAUACAAAGCAGUUUCCUCAUCAGCCUCAACAGUUUCCUCAUCAGCCUCUGUUUUUUCUGUGUUUUGAAGUAAAUAAGACAAAAAAAAGCGAUCUUACUGAGAAACCCAGAUAACCUGAAGUCCUGAAGACAUUCCCGUGGUGGAAAGCUUAAAAUUACAGCUUCACCAUAUCAACAGUUACACGCUUUUUUUUUGAAGAUGUUAAUAUGAAGUAAUUCCCCGCGAAUAUGCUGUUAUUAUAGAAACAAUAAGGUAUUCAAACGAGUGCAUUAAUAUAACGAACUCUCAGACCCGCUGUUCUAGAAAAUGACACAACAGAGCUGUGUUGUAAGUAAACUGAAGAGUUUAUACUUUCCUACUUCAACUUUUAUGAGUAUUUAUUGAGAUGAAUCAUUGGACUUUUACUGGAGUCAAGAAUUUUGUUUUUUUUUUUUUAAAUAAAAUAAUAUCUACAUAUUGUAAUGAUACACCAUCCGGAGUAGACGUGUUCCAGCUGUACGGUUGUAUGUUUUAAAUCAGAGCCAAGCCUCUGUGAGUUCUGCCAAACCAUCACUGCGUUUUUACGGAGAAAGCGAGGAGACUCGGCCUUCAUUUGAGGCUUGUGAGUGUUUCUGUGGAAAGUAAAACCGUGAAAAACGUUUCUGUGGACCAGCCUGACUGAGCUGUUUUAUAAUCAAACCACUGUAACAACUCUGGAGAGAGGAAAAAUUGGCCAGACUUCAAGAUGUAGCGAUUUCUGGUAUGUCUGUUUUCACUGGGUGUUUACUGGAACAGCUGUCUUGAAGUAACCGUACAAAGGCCUGGAUAAUCCACAGAGCAGAAAACAACUCCUCUACACGCCUUUUAAAAAAAAUAAUUUUUUUUUUGAAACACAGCACUGAAGAUUUGUCAUUUAAAGUGCAAUUUUGCCGGGUAUCAUUUGAGCUGUAGAGGAACCAUUAUUCCUCCACUAAAAUGAUAGAAUGUAAUGUACUUUUAGAAUAAGAGUAUUAUUUGUCAGGAAAAACUGGCUCAUGGUGGAACAGAUGAAGCUGUAAGAGUCGGAGUGGAUUCAGCUUGGCCCAGAAACCACUUCAACGAUCCACUUUGUCAUUUGUCAGCAGAAGUUUUGAAAUGAUUAUUAAAGUACUAAAUUGUACUCUAAUUGGACAAAAGCACUUUAGUCUUCUUAGAGGUUCUGUUUUAAGCAAAAUAUAUCAUCAGUGUAUGUGAAGUGAGAUGUUUUUCUACUCUCUGUGUCACUUGUGAUGAACAUCAUGCUGAGAUUACUCCAGCUUUACCAUGGCAAACGCUACACACACACACACACAAACACACACACAAACCGGAUGCACGUCAUUCUCUCCACUCCUCUGACCUUUAACAACACCACAGCUCAGCCUUUUUAGACCACUGGUUCUCACAGCAGGAUCUGAGAUUUUGCAAUUUUUUAAAACAUUUUUGUUACAGUAGUGGAAAUCACAACCUAGCCUUACCAAAGCUGUUAUGUUUAUUACUGAGUUAUUAGUGAGUUGUUAUAUUUAGCCUGUUUGACUGGUCACUUGAAUUGAAUCGAAUCUAAAAUGAACUAAAUAAUAAAAAAAUCAGGAAUAAAUAGCUUUAUGGCUCUAAUAAACAGCCAAAUAUUAUUAUACACAGUUAAAUAAUGAGCUUCAAUGAGAAUGAUCUGUACUGAGGGGGAAAAAAGGUGAAAAAAGUUUGAUUACUCAAAUAUUUCAUAUUAAAGCACA